CCGCUUUGGACGCCCGUCAUCCUUUCCUUCAGUUCGUCGCCUGUGCCAGAUGCCUGCUGAAUGGCAGUAGUAUACAUGCAUUCACAGCUACUGGCACGGUUUCCACUCACUUCAAGAUGCGACGAUGCUCUCGUGGGAACCCUACAGCAAAUCCGAAGCAUGACUACCCAAUUAUCCCCACCAGCAGCAUUCCAAAAACAUUGAAUUGCUUGAUGUACCACGACGUCGUCCUUUGAGACUCCGACACCGUACCGCCGACGGUUCGACAGCCUCCAGACUGUGGCUGUUUCUGCUUGAAGGGCCAACCCGCGCGGUCCCCUCUCCCAACACAAAAGACCAACCACACCAUCGCCAACCCUCCUACGUAACCCAUGCCAAUGUUCCACACCCUGCCUACUACGGCCUAUCCCACGCUUGACCUUUCCUGACCGGCUCCUUGCUGCUUCAACGUGCAUCGCCUGCUAGUCGCUCCGAGCCCUCCUGGCCCUGACCCUGAACCGCACGCUGGACACACUGGCACUGGCAAGGAAAAAAAAUCCACAACUGUAGUAGAUAGUCUGGUAUCAGAUACCUGGGAACUUUGGGUCGGCGCCUCCCAGACAUGCCAGCGGCCCGCCUGGAGUGUGUCGCGGCCUCCAUGCUCUCUACCUCGUUGUCGCCCCACCACAAGGCCUCUCGUAACGCUGUGCCCGAGCAUCAGAGUGCCCCUGUUCAGCAAUGUCGAGCCUUUUCCCCAUUGUCGCUCCUUUGAACAGCCACUCCCGUCCGCCGUCUCGCGCCUAGAUCCCGCAACUAGGGACCGCGGGACAUGGCAAAAUGGUUCGUCGGUCCAAUGAUCAACGGCGGCUUCCCGUUUUCUUGCUUGACUCGGGCUCCAGCUGAGACCAUCAUCCCAACCGACCUAAUGCUGCCGCUGGGUCAUGGAGGGCCACCCUCCGCUCUCUUUGGCCAUUCACACCCAGCAGUGUCUUGUCCUCGCUCUGCCGGGCGGAAUGUCACGGACGGAGCCGACCCUGUCUCGCCAUCCUCGUCGCAUUGGUCCUACUUUCCUGCUCAUCCUGCUUCCUGAGCGGGGUCGGUGGCUCUUCAUGACAGCACGCGGUGUCUCGACUGCAAUCAUAUUGGCCCAUCCCAUGGUAGGUGUGAGUUGGCAAUCUUGCCCCCUGCUACCUGGACAGUGUCCGGGUGUCUAUAUAAACCCGUUCAUCUUUGCCGGAAGCCCUUCUUUCUCCUUCGUCCUUUCCCAUCACUGACUGUUCAGAAGAGUUCAAGACCAAUUUGCCUUAGUCAAACAAGAUCCCCUUCAGUUGACUUUGAGUCCAUGAGCAAUAACAUUGACUUGUGUCCUUGCUACUAACUUGACAUUGUUACCCACUGCCAAUACCUUGUGUCAUCAUGACUACCUACGCACCCCGUCACCCCACCAGCUAUGCUACUCAUCAAAAGACUCUACCCAUCAUCGUGCCGAAGACGGCUACUUACAGCUAUCCCGUUUCCAAGGUGGCUGUGUCGCCGCCCGAGUUGCCCGACACCAGCACCUCUUAUGGUGGGAGUCGGACAUCUGCCGGCUCCUACUCGGCCCGGUCCAGCAAUUGUGAUUACGCCCCAAGUUUGAGCAGCGGCGAUUAUGAGUCUUACAACGCUCCUCCCGGCGUUGAUGUCGUUGACAUGCUCAGCGAGAGAAUGAACAGCGCAUUUGAUCCCAUUCGAAUGGAUCGAUCGCUAGCAAAGCAAGCGCAAACAUCCGGCCAGCUGAAUGCCAAACAGCGAGAGCUCCAAGAAUUGCAAGCCCUUGCGCAGAGAAGGUUGAAGACUGCGAGAGUCAAUUUUGCGGAGGGCGUUGAAGCAGCCCGCGAAGCCCGCAGAGAUAUCGAAUAUACAUCCAGGAAGAUCUCCUCGAUGAAGACCCGGGCAGAGAAAAAGCACCCGGAAGCUUAUGCCAAAGCCAGCCGCUCUCGCCACGCAUAAAUUUGGCACGAGCACGACUUUGACGAAGACACGAGUUUCCUUGAUUUCUGUAUUUUGAGAGGGGCUUUUAUUACAAUUUUGAUCCUUUUCCGAGUUGGAUUUUGUCCUGGUGUGAGCUGCAUUGGAAGGUUUUUUCACCUACCCAGCAAACCAGCGGGAACUUUGAAUGACGUUCAAAGGCAGCAAAUCAGCUUUCACCAUCAGGCAUAAACAACCAUUCGUUCGGAGAGCGCAAUUGCGGCCUUGGCGAGCUUCCGCCGGUGUCGUUGACGUGGCAAGUGGUUGUUGUUCCGCUCCACCCCACGAAUCCGGCAAGGCGACUCGCUGCUUUUGCCCCUGGGGCUGCAGGGGCCUCGAGAAGAAUGGCGUGCAUGACGCCGGCCAAAACCUGGCCCGAAAAUGCAUGGUCUGGGUCACCGAAUAACACUGCAGCGAUCGACCGCACAGUAGCCGGUAUUCCGCGUGCCACCUGGGCCCCUAUGCAGGUACGCUUGCUGUUUUCACUCGUUUGGUGCGACCUUGACGGUCGUCUGAUUGGGUUGAAAGCCGUGGUCCAGGGAUUUUCGUUUCCUGGGCCGUCAUCAGACCUGUAAUCUGCUGCUGUAUGAGGCGCCAAACCGCAGAUGGUGUGGAGGGUUUCUCUCACCUGGGCUGAACAGUCUGGCUAAACCCGAUGUGGCUUUGGCCCUGGUAUGCUAAAAGUGUGGUGUGAAAGGUGUGGGAUGCGUGGAACGGGCCUGGGAUGACUGUCUGGUCCGGAAUCUACUUUUCCUGCUGAGUUGUUGGUGCAUCUUCACUGACCCUGUGCAGUGGCUGACUGGAACAGUGUCCUGGUUUCAAGGGUACUGUACUGCAGUGGACUGGCGGACUUCGACUGGUGUGGCUCAAGGUGCUGGGUUUCAUCCCUUGUUUGUAAUGCUGCCAGCGGGGGGUUUCUUUCUUUUCGUUGAGGUACUAGGUAGUAUUUGGGUCCGUUCCAGUAGCGCCAUGAAAAUCCAGACAAAGGAUUCAGCCUAUCGGCCGUUGUUUGGCCACUAAAGUAAAACUGUAGACCUAGUUCAUAUUGUAGUACUGGUACAGUAGGAAUCAGACAACCCAGGGGCUCACCGAGAGGGUUCUCCAAGGCCAUGGUUUCCCGAAGCUGCUCCCGGGAGCCCUGAGCCUUGCCUGCCGCCCACCGCUGAUGGUGCUGCCUAGGUGUUAAUUUGUACAGCAAUGAUAAUAAGAAUAGCACUUUUGGAGUGCUCGUAGUACUACCACUACUAAUGGCA